GUCCCCCGCAGCAGCCGCCGCGCCAUGCUCCACCUUAGCGAGUUUUCUGGCCCCGACACGCUUCUGGUCAAGUCCGCCGACGACGGCUGUUGCUCGGAACCCAGCACCGAAUUGCCCCGGCUGCCCGUCAGGGACGCGGCCGCUGGCUACCCCGGAGGCGACUUCUUGAGCUGGGCUUUGAGCAGCUGCAGCGCCGGGGGGGAUUUAGCCGACUCCUGCUUCCUGGAGGGGCCUGCGCCCACACCCCCUCCCAGCCUCAGCUACAGCGGUAGCUUCUUCAUCCAGGCAGUGCCCGAACACCCGCACGACCCGGAGUCACUCUUCAACCUCAUGUCGGGCAUCCUGGGCCUGGCACCUUUCCCCGCCCCGGAGGUGGCAGCAUCCCGGUCUCCGCUGGACGCUUUUCCCUCGGUUCCCGACGCCUUUCUGGCGGGUCCGCCGGACCUUUACUCCCCGGACGUGGGCGCUGCCGCCUUCACAGAGGCGUUCUGGGAGGCCUCCCCCUCGGCCGGCACCCCUUCGCAGUGCCUGUAUGAGCCUCAGCUCUCCCCACCCGACGUCAAGCCAGGCCGCCGGGCCCCUCCGGCCUCUCCAGCGCUGGACACUGCCUCGGCCUUCAAAGGUCCCUAUGCUCCCUGGGAGCUGCUUUCAGCCGGGGCCCCAGGGAGCUGUGGGUCACAGGGAGGCUACCAGGCGCCCUCCGAGGCCCGUUUCCCCACGGUGGGGACCAAGAUUGAAGACCUGCUGUCCAUCAGUUGCCCCGCGGAGCUGCCGAUCGACUCGGCCAACAGACCCUACCCGACGGGGGCCUACGACGCUUUCCCGCUGGCCUUGGGGAACUUGGGGGAGGCGGCCGAGGGCCUCCCGGGGCUCCUGACCCCUCCUAGCGGGGAGGGAGGGAGUAGUGGCGACGGCGGGGAGUUUCUGGCCGGUGCGCAGCCUCAGCUUUCCCCGCUGGGCCUCCGCAGCGCCGCGGCGGACUUCCCGAAACCCCUGGUGGUGGACAUCCCUGGGGGCAGCGGCGGUGUGCGCAGCUUUGCGCGUUCCGACGAGCUCAACCGCCACCUGCGCAUCCACACGGGCCACAAGCCCUUCCAGUGCCGCAUCUGCCUCCGCAACUUCAGCCGCAGCGACCACCUGACCACGCACGUGCGCACCCACACGGGCGAGAAGCCCUUCGCCUGCGACGUGUGCGGCCGCCGCUUCGCGCGCAGUGAUGAGAAGAAGCGGCACAGCAAGGUGCACCUCAAGCAGAAGGCGCGGGCAGAGGAGCGGCUCAAGGGCCUUGGCUUUUACUCGCUGGGCCUCUCCUUCGCCGCCCUGUGAGCAAGAAGUAAGUUUGUAGAUGGGGGCGCCCCCGCGCCGCGCGCCGAGGAAGACCCGGCCGGCCCCUUUCCCGGCACGCCCCGGGGGAGGCCUCCGAUCCGGUUCGAAGCGCCCGCCACUCGCGCCCCGUUUAGCACCGGCUCCGUGGACAGCUCCCGCCGUCCAGGAUCGUCUCCUCCUCGUCUGCAGCGCUUGGGGGAAGUCAUUUCCUUGGGACUCAAGGGUGUUUUGUACCUGGCGCACGCCCCACGCCGUCCCCUAAUCACCCGCCCCCCGCCUUCGUGGUCCCCCCAAAGACAGGCUGGGGCAGCGCCGAGCCGGUCUCGAGCGGUAUUUUGUACAGUAAUGUUUCCAGCAGCAAUUGGAUGUACCGUUUUGCUUUGGGGCUAUUUCCUGUUUGUUGUUCAUUUUUGUAAAGCAGACGCUACGCUCAAGCAGUGCGCAAAACUGUUUAUUUUUGCAAUUAAAAGCAUUGUGCUAAAAGCUUA